CAGCAGUAUCACUCUCCUUUGGUCAUGGCGUUAAAUGAAGCAUUGCUUGUUUUGCUUGUGUCUGUCUUCCUCCUGGCGGGUACUGCCGAGGCAGAUGGUUCAGAGGGCUUUGAAAUGUGGUUUACUACUAACACGGUUGAAAUGGAAAACAAACCAAUCUAUUUUGAUAACCCACUUCCUAAAUGGCUCAAAGGAACUCUCAUCAGAAAUGGUCCUGGAAAAUACGAGAUGGGAAGCCGGAAGUUCCUUAAUGCACUAGACGGGUAUUCCAAGCUCUCCAGUUGGACAUUCGCUGGAAAUGGUUCUGCUUAUUUCUCCACCAAAUUCCUCAAAUCAGACACUUAUAAAGAUUCUAUGUCCAAAGAUGACGUAGCACCGUUUCUCACGUUUGGCGGGGUCGAUCCUCCAUUUAACGAUGUCCAAAAGGCGGAGGCUGUCGGUCAUCAGCUGGACAAUAUGAACGUUAACGUUUUUAAAUUCAUGGAUGAUGGCGGACCCGUAUUCGCAGCAGUGUCUGAUGUUUGGAAACUGUAUGAAUUCAACGAAUCACUGGCUACUUUAAAGGCUGUUGAGGCCAAACAUCCGGAAAAAAACCCCGACGGAAGUAUUGGGUUCAUUAACUCCAUGUCAUGCGCACAUGCGCUUCCGGAAUAUGGUACCUCAGAUACAUACUUCAAUUUCUACAGUAGUUUAAGCUUAAUUCCUGGUAUUAAACACAAACUAACUCUUGUACGGAUUAAAUCGGUCAACGAUCGACAAGUUGUAGCAGAAUGGAACACGGAUAAAGUAGCGUAUAUGCAUUCCUUCUCGGUAACGCCAAAUUACGUCAUAUUUUUCGUCGCCCCUUAUUACGUCAACACGGAAAAACUUCUCUUACACGGAUCAGUAGUAAACGGCAUGGAUUGGUUUUCAAAACAAAAUACAACAGUUUAUAUAGUAAACACAAAAUCAGGUCAAAUCCACAACAUGGAUAUUGCAAACGUCAUGGCGUUGCACCAUAUAAACGCGUUUGAAUUCACCGACGGUAAAAUCGCUGUAGAUGUUGCGGGUCAUAACAACCCGUUCUUUUCAAACGCUUUUGAGAUGUCGACCAUUCACAAUAUUACAGCACGCGCCAACAGCAAAUAUAAAACUUUGGUAACCAGGUACAUUUUUGAUAUACAGAGAAACACUUACCUGAAACAAAAUUUCCAAGAUUCUGAUAAAUAUCUGUGUGCCUCGAAACUAGAAAUACCGACAAUUAACGAACAUUACCGAUCAAAGUCGUAUUGCUUUGUGUAUGGGGCAGUCUACAAUUUUGACGGAAAAGAUUUUGCUCAUAUAGCGAUCGUCAAGAAGGACGUGUGUGGUCAAAAGAGAGACAAGGCGCUAUACAUCCCUAACCACUACCCUACCGAGGCUUGGUUCAUACCUUCACCGCCAGGUGUCGCUACGUCAGAGGACGAUGGUUACUUGGCAUCAAUAUUCCUCGACGGAACAACGAAAACGAGUUAUAUCGCUCUGAUUGACCCCAAAACCAUGACAAUUACCAAUAAAGCCGUACUUCCAACGGUUGUUCCUUUUGAUAUCCACGGACGUUUCUUUCCUGACGUUGUAUAAUUAAUCUACUAAUUGAAAAUUAGCUUUCAUGUAUUUCUGUAAAUUUUAUUUCGCGAGACUGUAUUAUUUAUUAUUUAUGUCAUUAUUAUGAAUAUGUUAAUAAAAAACAAAAAAU